AUGGCAUCACCAAAGAUUUCCUUAAAAGACCUUCACUCUUUCCAUUUUAAUGACAGAGAACUGUUCAUGCGGCUGGUCAUGAUCCUAUAUCGCGAUCCAUCUGAGUCCCUGUUAGUCAUGGCUUUGUGGUUCUGGCUACAAAACCAUGCUCAUUUUACAAAUGCAGUUGUAAAGAUUUCGAAGACACCUAAUUUAGUGGUACACUCGUUGUCUAAAGAAGCCUCGACAUGCUUGAAAUGUCUGCAGUCGAAAGUCCCCCCCAUGGCUAAUCCUGGAGGCCAGGACAUGCCACUCACUACUCUAAUAACGGAUAGAAACAUUUCUUUCCAAAUUGUGUAUCAAACAAGGUUUACUAUGAUAAGUGGAAUCAAACAUUACUUGAACAAUGUUUGUUCUAUCGUGUUUGCAGAUAUUUUACUCCAGCUCUUUCCAGGGCGAUCAAGAAUUCUCCUGAAUUCAACAUUUGGUGCAAUAACAGUUGUUCCAAGGACCCUGGAUUGCAUUAUCCCGACUAAAAAUGGACCAUUGGAUAGCUUUUGGUUCUUAAAUCCUGUAGUACCAGUAGACGAUCGGACUCUAUUCUUGACAUUCUCAAAAGGUUACCCUGUGACUGAAGCAGAUGUGAUUGAACUCUUCAAUUCUAAAUAUAGAGAUUGUAUUGAGGACAUUCAUAUGGUGCCAUCGACUACAUUGGAUCAUUCAUUGUAUGCUCGAAUGGUGGUUCGAGAUGUUUCAACCGUUGAUCAGAUUUUGAGCAGCUCUCCUAUUGCUAAGUUCAGGAUUAAUGGAAAACAUGUUUGGGCUAGGAAAUAUGAACGUAGAGAUCAGCAUUUUUAG